CUGUCCCUUUAAGACGGAUAAAGCCGACAGCUCCGCACGAGCGGAGGCAUCGCUUUAUAUUUCACUAUCUACAGCUGCUGCGACAAUUCUCCAUUGUUUACCGCCUUUUCCAGUAAAUGUUCAUGUACAUGAAGUGUCGGUGGACAUUUUAAAUCCCGGAUGGAGAAAUGAGACGCUGGACGCAGCCGGUUUGCUCUGUGUGUGGAGAAUCCUGAGCUGCAGCACUAACUCUGGCGCAGUCCUCCACACAGCCCUUCUCUCACAGAGGGGCAGGCUGCUGGUUUUGAGCUUCCUAACCCUUUUGUUGUUUUUACUGCAUCCUGUGCACCCGCCAGCCAGUGAGUGAGUGAUACUUCAACUUCUCUCGGAACAAUAAACAAUAAUGGAAGACAAACGCAAGAAGCGCAGCCCAAAGGUGUCCCUCCCGCAGCCCCCUCCUCCCCCCAUCAACCCCCGCAAACUGUCUGUCUUACCCGCCAGCAAAAGUGCCACCUUCUCCCUCGGCCUGCCGCAGCCUCCCUCCCCCAAGAACAGAGGCAAGUACAAGAGGUCCAUAGGUGCGCCCGGCCAGCCUAGAGAGGUGUUCGCAGCCGUCGUAGCUCCACCAAAGACCACCAGGCCCCACAAAGAGAAGCCCAGGGCCCCACAGCCAGCAGGGCCCAGUAAAGUAGUCCAGUCUUCCCCCUUGCAGCACUCCUUCCUCACAGACGUCUCAGACGUCAGAGAGAUGGAGGGAGGCCUCCUCAAUCUCCUCAACGACUUCCACUCAGGCAAACUGCAGGCGUUCGGUAAGGUUUGCUCUUUUGAGCAGCUGGAGCAUGUGCGUGAGAUGCAGGAGAAGCUGGCGCGAUUGCACUUCAGCCUCGACAGCCACGUGGAGGAGCUUUCAGAGGACCAGAGGAAGUGUGCCUCCGAUCACAACCUGGAACACCUGCUCAGUAACCUGGAGGAGCUCAGCACCUCCAUACAAAAGCUCCACUUGGCCGAGAACCAGGACCUGCCCAAGACAUCUGGCCCCUGACAAGAGCGGAGGUGUGGAGGGCGGCGACCGCACACCCAUCGUCUCCCAACAUCUAACCAUGGCCAGGUUGCCAUGGCGUUGAUCCAGCUGCCUUAGUAACAGAAUGGAAAGACCCACAGGAGGAGGAGGAGCCAUUUCCCGCCCCAUUUGGUCAGUGAAACCAAGGGAACGAUACAGUAGCUUAAAGCAGCAGAGCAUUAAAUAAACCAAAACAUCAUCCCCUCCUUCAUGAAUCGCUAAAUGAUCAGAGGGUGGACUUCACAGUCGAAGAAGAACGAAACAUGCUGUGGUACAGUUUUGAACAUUUUUCAACUAGUUUCAGUUAGCAGUUACAUCAUAUGGUAACAACUGAAUCCAAGCGAGUGAAGUUGUUGCCUCUAUUUUCCUUUACAAAAAGCACAUUUUAUGAGAGUUGAAGACUUUAUACUGUGUUUCUUUAUUUCAUCAUAUGCCUGGAGUUUUGCUCAAUUUUAGAGCCGGUUCAGACCUGGUAUUCACAUCCGUCCUGAGAGAUCUGAUCACAAGUGGACAGCGUCAAGUUGGUCUGAUCACACCUGGUAUUAAAGUGUCUCCUGUGACCCCUUGUGAUCAGAUCUCACUCCCCCGCUCUAUGUCUCUUUGCAUAUGUGAGUGAGAAACAUAGAAAUCAUGAUGGGGUAAUCAGUGUUGAUAUUGUGGCCAUAGACAAAUCAAGUUAUGGUCAGUGAAUAGACUAAAAAGUUGUUUGAUUUAUUGUGAGAGUGUAGUGGGUCAGAGACGUCAGCUGAGUAGGUGGUCCUUCGUAUCAUAUGUAGAUUUGCAUUCACACAACAAAAAGAAAGUGGCUCAGACCGCCUCAGAAUGGGGUCUUGAGGACACAUCUGGGUACGGUCACACCACCUACGAUCAGAUCCCUCAGGACGGAGGUGAACACCAGGUCUGAACGGGGCCUUUGAUGGAACAUGUCUGCCAGUAAAGGUGUGAAAUAUGAACCAUCCUUUCGUAUCGAGUAGAAAAUGUAUUUGGCCGUUUUUUGACAAAACCACUGUGGUUAACUCUAAAGGUUAGAGGAAGUUUUCACCUUUUGCUAUUAUUCUGAAUGCACUCUCUCAUUUUAUAUAUUUGCUAAAAAGUUUAAUACCGACUGGAUUUCAACAAUAUCUGGACGAUCCUUUCUUGAAAAAAGGUGCAUUUUAAAAGGGACAGUGUGAGGAGACCUGUGUAGAAACUGUAUGUUUGAUUAACUUAUAUGUAAAUGUAUGUAAUAUAGUUGAUAAUGUUUCACCAAUGUGCAGUUCAGCUACUGUAUUUGCUUACACUGACGGUUUGAAAUAAUUGAAGUAGGGCGAUUUUGUCAGUGCUUCUUCAGGAUUGCCUUUAGGUUUUAUUUAUUGUGAAUGACGGCCAGUAGCAGCGUCCCUGCAAGCACAAACUAGUCCCCACUGCUACUGAGAGGCUGUAAAACCCACUUCUUGCAACCUGUAGAUCACAAAGAGAAUCUGCAGUUUGACACUGUGUUGGAUAACACAUCCACAGAGUAAUGCAGCUGGCAUAAGCCUUUGAGCAGUACUAUUUCAAAAUGGCAGCUACUUUCAUAGUUUUAAGAUUUAGGGGCUUAGAUUCAUUAAAUUCCAAACCUGGCAGCAACGUACCUUGGUCGUAAUAUAUAAUCCUUGACAAGACAGCUGAAGCGUGAUUUUAGUGUUUAAUCUGAAACAUUAAAGCAUGUCAAAGUAUUGGCACAUUUGUUAAUUAAAUCAUAAUCUAAGUCUUUUGCACUGCUUGCUAAGCCUACCUCUUUUACAAGGCCAUAGAAUAUGUGAAACCUCUCGUUGGGUUUGUACAUCAAAGAUCUUUAAGUGAGCUGUUUUCUGUUAUUUCACAUUUUAAGAGGGUUUAUUCACCCUUAGCUUUACACAUCAUGCCAUAUGAAUUGGACACAGUUAAAACAACCCAAAAACUUGUGUAUUCUCAUGUGUGUCACCAACUGUACCCAUGAAUAAAGGCGAAUCAGGUUAAA